CACCCCUUUCUUCUCCGCAGGGAAAGUUUCUGCGAAGUUCGGGGAACGAACUCUUCGGCAGAAGCCGGGACUUUGGCCCCCCGUCGGGAUCUGGGGCGCCGGAGGCACGGGGGAGACCCUGCUGGACGAAGGUGGUAGCCGUGGGUCCCCGGGGCAUGAGCAGAGAUGGCUGACAACUCGGACUCGCGGGAGUCGGAUAAUAACAGUUGGGUCAUUGCCGGAUCCGAGGCACUACCUGUGGAAGAACUGAGUGCAGAAGGUGUGGAGGAAAUUGUGAAAGAAGCUGAACUGGUGAAAGACGACACCCUUGCUCCUCCCACUGACAGCAAAUUACUGACGGAGCAUCCUGAGCCAGAGGAAGCCAAACUCAAGGACCCUGGGCUGGUGCUGACCCCCAGUUCCGGCCCAGCCAAGACUCCAGAGCCCACCCACUUAGGAAAGGAGCCCCCGUCGCUGCCUUUGGAGGAGCCGCGCCUUCAUGACGUCGAGGCAAGUUCGGCACCCGGCACUGAGGACACCCUAAUCAUUCACAAAGCAGGCCCUCUGGAGCAACAUGUGGGCACAUCCAGCAGUGAGGAAGAAGGAGCCGCAGAGCGGGACGUCGAAGGACUGCGCAGGCGGAAAGGCCGUGACGUGCCCCCAGCUCAGCCGGGGAGCCAUCACGACAGACGUGGGGAGGCCCCCGAGACCGAGGACGGAGGGCCGCCUGGGACAAAAUGGGUGCUGGGGUGCCUAGCCCUCCUCGGGCUGGGCUUCCUGGCCUUCUCAGGAGUCAUCUUUGACCUGGAAGAAGGUAAGUCUGGGGAGACCGGGGAAGGCCCUGUGGACACGCUGGACACCUGGAGAAGCUCGGAAGGAGAGGAGCUGCGUCCAGACACCAGUGGGAAGCAGGGCUGGCCAACUUCGCCCCCUCCAGAGCCCAGGAGGGGUGCCAGGCCGCCACGAGCCAAGGACGAGCCACAAAUGGAGGCCCCCAAGAAGCCCCAGAGCUUGGACGCCAUGGGGGUCCUGUUAGACAAGCUCGCCAAGGAGAAUCAGGAGAUCCGGCUCAUGCAGGCCGAACUGCAGUCCCAGAAGGAAGAGCUGCAGGGCCUGCUGCGGAAGACGGAGGGCGAGGCGUUGGAGUUCACCUCCCAGCAGCAGAACUUGGCGGCGGAGAACACCCGGCUGAGGGAGUCGCUCCAGCAGGAGACCUCUGCCCUCCUGGCCGUGCAGGCCGAACUACGCUUUCUCCAAGAAAAGCUGAGAGAAAUGGCGGGCGAGGCGGAUGGGGCCGGAACCCAACGGCACGGGGAAGAGGAACCCGCGGCAGGACGCCAGCGGGACCAGGCCGACAGGCCGGAGUCCGAACUCCGCCGCCUGCGCUCCCUGCUGGAGUCAGUUCGCCACGACCUGGCCAAGGCCUUGCAGAUAACCCCGUCCAGCGACGGGGCUGAGGGGCUGCGGACGGAGCUGAGCGCCAUUCAGCAGAAGCUGGGCCAGGAGCUGGAGCGCCCGAGGGGCACCAAACCGUCCUGGAGGGAGGCCCCGAAGGCCAAGCGAGGCAAGGAAAGAGCCUGGCCGAAGCGUCACGAGGGCCAAGAGGGGCCGAGGCCUGGGCACCCAGAGCUCAGCCCAGCCAAGGACCACCGUUCGGCCCAUAAGAUCCCCAAGGCACCGGACGAUGGGCCUCACCGUCCCAGGAAACACCAGGGCCCGCGGGACGCCAAGUCCGCUAAGGAGAGGGAGCCCCAGAGCCUCGGGCGGAAGGCCAGGAAGCCUUCUGAGCCCAGUGCAUUGUGGGAGAUGCUGACCCGGCACCAUUUCCGGCCUCCCCAGGGCUGUGCCGGCAUCGCCGAGUGUGCCCGGCAGGAGGGGCUCGCCCCAGUGCAGAAAACCGGCUUCCUGCAGGUGGUACAAAACUACCUGGACGGGCUGGGCUGGGCGGAGCACUACGGGGGCCUGGCGGCUGCACUGGAGGGCUUCUUCGGCAGCGACGGGGCUUUUGCCCACAACCGCACGAGCUUCGUCGACUUUCUGGAUGAAAUCGAGGACGUUCUGGAGGACCUGGCCCAGCUGCUGGGGGGCAGCGAAGAGGCAGUCGAUGAUUUUGAGGAGGUGGUCCUGAGACAACUCGAAGUGGCGCCAGGGGGCAGGUUCAGCCAGCGAGACGGCGCCCAGCGGAAUCCCAAGGAACGGCCGCGCGAGGGCCACGGCCGCAGGAACGGCAAAGAGGGCAACCACCGAAGCCAUGGCUAGAAGCACGCACCUGCCCGUACU